AUGGCGAAGAAAUCGGAGGCUCCGCUUUCCUUGUCCGACUGCCUCUGCCAAAUUUGCAUGGAGAUCUUUGUGGAGCCUGUGACCCUGCCCUGCAACCACACCCUCUGCAACGCUUGUUUCCAGCUGACAGUUGAGAAGGCCAGUCUUUGUUGCCCUUUCUGUCGGCGUCGAGUCUCUUCUUGGGCACGCUACAACGCCCGCAGAAAUACUCUUAUCAAUUGGGAGCUCUGGGAGAAGAUCCAGAAGAAAUACCCAAAGGAGUGUGAACGUAGGAUGAACGGUCAGGAUUUGGAGGAGGAGAUUUAUGUCCCCCAUCCACAACACCAGCUAAGCAAGCCUGGGGAACUGAGGCAGGAAUAUGAAGCAGAGAUUAGCAAGGUGGAGGCAGAAAGGCGAGCCCAUGAGCAAGAGGAGAACAAGGCAAGUGAGGAGUACAUUCAACAGCUGCUAGCAGAAGAGGAGGAGGAACGCAGGCUGGCAGAGGAGAGACAGAGGGAGAUGGAGAAACAACUGAAGCAAGAUGAAGAGUUGGCCUGGCAGCUGAGUAACAGUCUGAAUGAUGAUUCUAAAGGACACGUGCUCAGGAGUCCUUCACCAGCAGGCAGUCUCUCCUCUGAAACAUCCCCAGCUAAUUUGUGCAAGAUGAGGAACAAAUCAAGCAAUAUUGGAGACAUUCAGAAGUAUCUGUCUCCAAAGCUUCAUCCUACGUUGGGAUCAGCAUCAUUCUCUAGAAAAACAGAAAGAGGCAGGAGUGACUCUGGCUCUGUGGAAAGCAAUGAAGGCAGCAGUGCUGCAUGGCAAGAUGAACCAGAAGAAAUGCCCACGUUGUCUCCACAGCUGACCAGUGUGAUUAAAGAUUCCAGUGCUAAGGACUCGUUUUUGGAAUCGUGCAUGAACUAUUUCAGUGCCUCUGCUUCAGGGGAAACUGCCACUGACAAGCAGGAAAAAACACCAGGAUCAAAUUGUCUGGGAGAGGAAGUUCCAGAUGCACUUGAUGGAAUCACAGAAAAGCAGGGGUCUAGUGCAGCCCUUCAUAGAUCCAAGGGAGAAGAAGGAACUGAUUCAAACAGUGGCAGUUUAACACAUGUAGAAAGCAUAAACCUUGAAAACUCUGCUGAAACUUCUACCUGUAUUCAGUCAAUGAUAAAUUCUGUGACAUCUGACAGCAAAAGUGAUCUGGUGAAGGUGGGUCGACACUCAGAUGAAGAGAAGCCAGAGACACUGCAGAACACUAAGGAGACUCCAAAAAGAAAGUCACUGGAGCCACUAACUGAAGCAAUGGUUGACUUGUGCAUGCUGGAUAAGAGAAGAAAAACUUUUCCAGAAAGUUUAGAUUUUAAGUUGCAGAUGCAGGAGGCCUUUGAGCAGGAGUUCUAUGAAAGGCGUAUGCAAGAGGAGCAGGACAGGCUUCUGGCUCUGCAGCUACAGAAACAGCUCAACAAGGAGGAAAGGACACUUAAUCGACAGAAGGGCUCUCCAGACGAGUACCUUCUUCGCAGAAAACCACCUCAGUCUGUGAAAGACUCUCCUGCUAGAAAGGGGGUUCCUAAGGUGCCAAAAGACUCGAAGGUCCAAAAAAAGCAGCCUGAGGCAAACCACCGCAAGUCUCGGAGAGGGUCUUGCAAUGAAAACUGGCAGUCCUCUACCAGAGUCCGAAUGAAAUCCCCCAGCAUCAAGGGAGGAAAAGUUCUGAAUUGUGUGGUUAAUACCAGUGAGGCAAAUGAUAUCUGUUCACUACCUAAGAACCCCCAAAAGACGAUCCUACAGAUGUUUAAAGGCUCCGUUGCGGAGUAG